CCUUUUGCUAUGCAUUUCCGUAUAACAUCAAAUUAGUCGUAUUCCUCGCUGGUGUUUUGAACAAAGAACGAAACAUAAAUCUGAAGUUUGGGGUAUUCAAACUAAAGGAGAACCCCAAGCCAAGUGCAAUUAUUUCUCGACGACGGUUGGCUGCCACAAUUCCUGACACUGGGCAAAUGGUUAUCACGGUUUGCCGGUCCAAGCUAAGUGGUUCAAGUUGCUACUGAUAAUUCUGCGAACAGCUUGUUUGCUGGUUGGCUGCAAGAACUACUUCUGAUCUGUUACAUCCUGCUAAUAAAUAGGGAAGUGGGGAAAAAGGAAUUUUUUUUAAUGAGCUUUUUAAUUGAGCUGCAUGGUCAAAGCUGGCUAACUAAUCAGUUUUCUAGAGCAUCAGAAAACUAAGUAUGGAAGGGUUAUUGAAUUCUCUUCUUAAUCAAAGCUGUAUGAAACCUGGUUUCACUCCAAAAUUUGGUUGUACCUUCCCUCUGAUUACAAGAGUUUGUCAUUUCAAUCUUAAAAUUGGGCCACAUAUCUGGAGAAGUAAUUGCCCAUUUUUAGGUAGAAACACUGCCACUAGCUCAAGAAGAACUAGUAUUGCUGCAUUUGAUAGGGAUGAAGGUGAAGAAUCAACUAUGGACUGGGAGUCAGAGUUCAUUGGGGAGCUCGAUCCAUAUAGUUAUCAAGCUCCCAAGAAGAGGAAGAAAGAACAGAAAUCAAAGUUGCUUGAAGACACUGAUGGAAUGGAUUGGUGUAUGAGAGCAAGAAAGGUUGCACUUAAAUCAAUUGAAGCAAGGGGCAUGGCCCAUACAUUGGAAGAUUUUGUCACUGUUAAAAAGAAAAAGAAGAGCAAGAACAAGAAGAAAUUGACAGAAAAGAAAGUUGAGAAAAUUGAGGAUUUGGAAUAUGAUCUUGAUUAUAGUUCAGAGGAGGAGUUGGUGUCACAAACUAACAGACCUCUGGACGAUGUUAAUGAUUUGAAAAGGUCAGUUAGUUUGAUGGCUGAUGGACUGUUCAUGGAAAAGAAGGAGAAAACAAAGGAAGAGUUUGUCAUCAGGUUGUCUCAGUUCUCUGGACCAUCUGACCGUAGGAAAGAAAUAAACUUGAACAAAGCAAUUAUAGAAGCACAGACUGCAGAAGAAGUGUUGGAGGUUGCCUCUGAAACUAUCAUGGCAGUUGCAAAAGGCUUAAGUCCCUCACCUCUCUCCCCUUUGAAUAUUGCCACUGCUCUUCAUCGUAUUGCUAAGAACAUGGAGAAAGUAUGUAUGAUGAAAACUCGAAGAUUGGCUUUUGCUAGACAGAGAGAGAUGUCUAUGCUUGUGAGUAUUGCAAUGACGGCAUUACCUGAGUGCUCUGCACAAGGUAUCUCUAAUAUAUCUUGGGCUUUGUCCAAAAUUGGAGGCGAACUCCUUUAUUUUUCUGAGAUGGAUAGAAUUGAAGAGGUUGCACUGACCAAGGUAGGAGAAUUCAAUUCUCAAAAUGUUGCUAAUAUUGCUGGUGCUUUUGCUUCAAUGCAGCACUCUGCUUCUGAUCUCUUCUUGGAAUUAUCUAGAAGAGCUUCAGAUUUAAUUCAUACUUUCCAAGAGCAAGAACUUGCCCAGCUUUUAUGGGCUUUUGCAGCUUUAUAUGAACCUGCUGACGCUAUAUUUGAUUCUCUAGACAAUGUCUUCCAGGAUGAAAGCCAAUUUAAAUAUUCUCCUCUGAGUGAAGAAACAUCAGAUUAUUUUGUACAAGGCAUCAGAGAUUCAAAUCCUGGUUUAGAUGAAUCUCUUGUCCCUCCUGUACUCACCUUCCGAAGGGAUCAGCUUGGGAAUAUAGCUUGGUCCUAUGCUGUCUUUGGACAAAUGGAAAGAGGGUUCUUCUCUCAUGUUUGGAGAACUCUGAGUCAUUAUGAGGAGCAAAGGAUUUCAGAGCAAUAUAGGGCGGAUGUUAUGUUUGCUUCUCAGGUUCAACUUGUUAAUCAGUGCUUGAAGCUUGAAUUCCCACAUCUUCAGCUAUCUUUAAGCAGUGAACUUGAGGGUAAAGUUGCUUGUACUGGAAAAACAAAGAGAUUUAAUCAGAAAGUGACUUCUUCAUUUCAGAAAGAGGUUGGACGUCUUCUUGUUAGCACCGGCCUUGAAUGGGUGAAAGAAUAUGUUGUUGAUGUUUACACUUUGGAUGCUGUAUUAGUUGAUAAGAAACUUGCCCUGGAGAUUGAUGGUCCAACUCAUUUCUCAAGAAACACUGGCUUGCCUCUAGGACAUACCAUGCUAAAACGUCGAUACAUUACUGCUGCUGGCUGGAAAGUUAUAUCAUUGUCUCUUCAGGAGUGGGAGGAACUUCAAGGGUCAUUCGAACAAGCUGAGUAUCUUAGAGAAAUUCUGAGAAAACAUAUGGACGAAGGAUGUGCAAACCCUACAUUGACAGAGGUAAAAUGAUCAUCUAGAUCUUUCUGUCAAUCAUGCUAAGAUAUGUAUCUUGAGUUGACUUCUGAUGGUCAAAAAUUUUUGAAGGGGCAUGUAUAUUUGUUAAAAGUGUCCGUUAAAUGAGAUUCUUCUUAUGUUACCCUCAUUAGGAAAUGAAUGUCUUGUUUUUCCCCCCU